CCAAGCGCAGAACAGAUGCAGAAGAUUCUCCCCAUUCACUCCUCCUUAGAGCCCCCGGAGGUGGGGGGAGCUGUCAGGGGAGCCCAGGGACAAUGGGACAAUGGUGACGAGCACGCUGAGGGAGGUCUGGUUGAGAAUCAUGUGGAUGGGACCGUGAACAUGCUGGGCGGUGGAGGCAGUGCUGGCCGGAAGCCCCUCAAGUCCGGCAUGAAGGAGCUGGCCGUGUUCCGGGAGAAAGUCACAGAGCAGCACCGGCAGUUGGGCAAGGGUGGCAAACAUCACCUGGGCCUGGAUGAGCCCAAGAAGCUGCGGCCGCCACCUGCCAGGACCCCCUGCCAGCAGGAACUGGACCAGGUCCUGGAGCGGAUCUCCACCAUGCACCUUCCAGAUGAGCGGGGGCCCCUGGAGCACCUCUACUCCCUGCACAUCCCCAACUGUGACAAGCAUGGCCUGUAUAACCUCAAACAGUGCAAGAUGUCUCUGAACGGGCAGCGUGGGGAGUGCUGGUGUGUGAACCCCAACACUGGGAAGCUGAUCCAGGGAGCUCCCACCAUCCGGGGGGACCCUGAGUGUCAUCUCUUCUACAAUGAGCAGCAGGAGGCUCGCGGGGUACAUACCCAGCGGAUGCAGUAAACCUCAGCCGGCCGGUGCCUGGCGCCCCCUGCCCCCAGCCCCUCUCCAAACCCUGGCAGAGAGAGGAGAGCCUUGCGUGGUGGGUGGGGAGGGUUUUCCAGGAGUGUUGACACGUGUAUUUAUAUUUGGAAAGAGACCAGCACCGAGCUCGGCACACCCCACCUUCCCCCUCCCCAGCGGGAGAUGCCCGCCCCCUCUUCUCCCACCCCCACCCCCUCUUCUCUGGUCCCCGCUGGGGAGGAAGGGGUGGUUGUGAUGGCGGAGCUGGGGUGAAGAUUUGGGAGGGGGGGAAAAGAAAUUUUUAUUUUUGAACCCCCGUGUCUCUUUUGCUUAAGAUUAAAGGAAGGAAAAAUAAAGUUGUGUGUCUUCUG